AUGUCAUUUAAUCACUAUAAAAAUUGGUCAGUUAUCCUUGAAAACACUUUCUUACAAUAUACUUGGACUCUUCACGCAAAAGAGUAUACGUAUAUAACAAGAAAAAUUUCACCAAAAGAUAUUGAGCUACUAGUGUUUGAUUAUAAUACAAACCCAAAUAACGCUAAUAUUCAAAGGUUUGACUGCCUGGAAUAUCCAAAUACAAUAAUCAUUCAAAGAGAAUUUCAAAACACUAAUCUCUGUAUGGUUAUAGAAAAAAUACGCAUCCUUCGAAUAUUACAUAAAGAAUUAACUGUUACUGGAAAAAUGUCAUCUGAAAAUACUUUGCACAGUAGCAAUGGAAUGUCUAUAAUGAAGCUAACUUUUGAAGAACAUUUGGUUAAUUGUUAUUCAAUCCCUAAACUUCUUAUAUCAGAAAUUAAGAAAGUAACAAAUCUGGAAGGAUAUAACUAUGCAAAUGAUGAAUAUAAAACUAAAACAGAUAUUAACUUAAGUUAUUAUGAAGAUGCAGAUAUUUUAACAAUUAAUUUUUCAAGAAAGAUCAAUGUCAUCCACGAUUAUUGUGAAUACAUAAAUGGUCUUCUAGUUUGCUAUAUACCCAAUGACAGAAUAAUUUCGGUUCAGAUCUUUCAAGCAUCAAAUAUAUUGUGCAGUCAUUUAUUCGACUAUGAUGAGGUUAUAAACAAUCAGCCACCCUUACAUCUUCAUUCCAUCUAUUGUGAGGAUCAUGAUGAAUUGAAUAUAUAUUUUACUGAUGAUUUAUCCACCAAAAGAUUAAAAUGCAUUGAGAAGGAUAAGGAUGUUUUUUUACAAAUUAGCAAUAAUGAUAAACUUAUUGGAUUAUUAUUUCGUAAUGCGAAGAACAGAAUAGCCAAAGACUUUUCACAAGAAGAUAGGGAGAGACUUAUAGAAAACUAUAAUAUUAGAAUAAUGCUAGGAUAG